AAAAUCCAAGCUCGUAUAUUUUAAUAUUAAUGACAAAUGAGGUGAGUAAAUUAACGCAUGAGUUUACAAGGCGUAUUCUCUGUACGAUAACAGCAGUGCUCAGGUAGUAGGGGACAUGUGUUAAGAAUUCAAACGAAUUCUAACAUUAUCUGUAUACCAGCGCAACUGUGCACAAUGUCAGGUGAAAUCCGACGAAUAUUGCUAGUGUUAUUCAUCGGAAUACUGUCAGUAUCAACAAAAUCUGAUGAUGGAGUUGUCACAGUGCCGUCUAUUGACAUUCCAAGUGAUGGAAAGGGAAUAGUACCAGCUGGUAAUGGCACGUCCAACGACUCCUCCGUCAUGGUGCCUCCUAGCAAAUCAGCGAUAUCAGAAGCACUCGGUUUGAUGUAUCGUUUCACAAUUCAGCCGGUGAUAGUGGUUCUCCGUAUAUUUCUGGACCCGAUCUUCUCACUGGUCCGAGGAGUAUUGAAGCCGGUACUGGCGAUAGUUAAUUAUAUUCUAGGGACACUGGGCCUUCCAGGUCUUGGGCCCCUCCUCAAUGACAUCGUGAUCCGCCUCCAGGGGCUCCUGGGGAGGCUGUUUGGACAACUCGAUGGAUUCGUGGGGGCCCUACUGGGGCCUCAGGACAACGGCCAGGUGAACUCACGCAGGAGGAGAUCGCUGACGAGCACACUGAUGAGUCCCAUAACGGCUCCUAUGGGAUAUGCAUGGAGCUGGAUCAGUAUGCCCUGGAAAAUUGCCUCAACAUUCGGCAGCAUAAUCACGAGUCCCUUCUACUACGGAUACAAAGCUCUCUCGUAUCCGGUCUCCGGAGCUCUGACCCUCGGCAGCUGGCCCAUGCGUCGCAUCCUCCGGUUAUUGGGAUUUGGAGGGAGGAAGGAAGGGCCUGAUGGUCAGGUGGGAGAGGAUGUAGAUCCGAUUAAUGACCUCAUGGGAAGCCUCAGUGAAAGCGCCCAGGAUGCUCUCACCGAAGCUAUGAUCAGAGGCUUUCAGGUCUUGAAGAGUGAUGUUCUCCCAGCUGUCGAUACCGCAUUUGUGAAUUAUCAGGAUUCUGAUAUGGUGCCUGAUUCCGUCAAGGGGUAUAUGAAAAACUUCCAUCAGGCUUAUUCGAUACUUCAUACGCUUCGCAUUCUGUAAACUUUACUGUAUUGAUGAAAUAUUAAUAAAGUUUGUUGAUGGUGUCGCUCA